AUGGUACGCACAAGUGCGCUGCUGCCGAAAGACGCCACAGACGUCGAGCUGCACUCGUUCAGCUCGUUCGAGUCAGACUCGGAGGCAGCCUCGGCCGAACACGCCCCACCUCCCAAAGAAGAGAACACCGAACUUACGCUCUUGCUUACCCACAAGAUCCAAACUCAGAAACCGAGCAAACAGGUCAUCGGCCAGCAGGCUCUGCGCGAAGGUCAGUUCCUCAAAGACCACACAGAAGCUGUCGGUGGCAGCUUCAAAGUCGUCACGAAUGUGCGACGUUGCGACGGCGUUGCAACUACCCGUCUCGUCCACCGCGUGCCAUGGACCACCCUCGUCUCCUGGACUAUCCUCACCCUCUCCGUCUCCUACGCACUCCUGCGGUUCGCCGCCUCCCAAGUCCGCCGCGAAACCCACUAUCUCGCGCCCGGGCAUCACUUGGACUCGAACCACCGGCUCGCGGAUUCUGAACCAAUAACAAACUACAACGGGCACAUCGUGGACCCCAGCGUGCACCUGGAGAUACAGGGAUGCAACGUCCAUGUCCACCCCCUGGAACGUGCCGAGGUGCCUUUUCUCGAACUUAAAUCCUGGUCAUUCCUCCUCGAAAAUGAACCGCAAAUCACCAAAAGCCGAGACGGGCAUGAAAUCUCAGUCGUAGUCAAGGCCAAAGCCGUCAGCCGUUUCUGGCAAUGCUCUAUCAACAUCUACAUGCCGCCCGUCGCACCCGCAUCCUCAGCUAAUCCGCUUUGGGACAAUUCCACAUCCGACACCCUCGGAGCCACUGCGCUCGGAGUCACAGCGCUCGGAGCCACUGCGUCAGGACAGAAAAGCGGUCAUCGCUAUGGUCUAAACAAGUUGGUGAUCAAGGAACGGGCCUCGCGCUCAUUCGUUUCGAUUGUGGUCGAGGGCGUGGUCGUUGACGCGUUGGACCUGCGUUCGACCCACUCCGAGGUGUUUGUACGUCACUCGCAAAUCCGCGACCUGAGCAUAGGCGUCUAUGACGGCCUGGUCAUGGUGCAGGGCUGGGAGGGCACUGUGGGUCGCAUCGAGUCCACCGUAGCGCCGGUAUAUGUCCGCUCGGGUGUGCCGUUUGAGGUUUCCACGUCCGAGAACGUGCUGGAGCGCGCAAUUGUCUACACAACUGGCGCCAUGUCCAUCACGUACGGGGGCGCAGACCCGGAAAACACUUUUGAUCCGGGUCUUCAUGACGUCUCCAUCUCGCUGGACGUACCUCUGUCAGACGCGCUGCCAUCGCUAGUGACUUUGGCAACCAAGGGCGAGGCCCCAUUCUACCUUACCAUGGACCGGACAGCUGUCAUGGACGGGACAGCUGUCAAGGACGGGGCGGCUGUCCAGGACAGGAUAGCCCCGUCGGAAGGCACGUAUCGGUCUUGGGUGGGUCGCGAACAGGCGAAGGCGAUUCGGCUGACGGCAUAUUCGGAGCACAAGUUGAAGAGUCUGCGUGGUUGGUGGGAGGGGGACCCGCAGCAGCCGUGGCGCGUAGUAAUUCCGUCGCUGAACGAGUUGGUGUUUGACGCGGAACACGUGGCGCCGAGUGGGUCGUGGGAAUAUUUGAGUUCAUCAGCGUUAUUGAAGAACCGGUUUGUGCACACGGUAGCGUCGUUGGGAAUGCUGAAGGCACGGUACCUCUCGGUUCCGGUGCACGUGACGGGUUUGACGUGCGCAGCAGCGCGCAAUUUGGGUAAAGACUUUGCGGUGUCGUUCGACGGCGACGGGGAUGGAACAGCGGACGAGGAGAUGGAGAUUGCGUCGCGGCCUCGAAGUGGAAAAACCGAUGAGGAGACGGGUGCAGAAUUCUCUGCGAAGAGUGUUGUCUCUCGCUGGAGUUGGUCGUCGACUGACGACUUGGAAAGGUGGGGUCGCUUUCUGGACGAAGUGGAGCCGCCGCGGCAUUGUGCGCGGGAGCUGCAGAUGGCGGAGUUUCUGGCGGUGCAUCGCGCACUUGAAAGUGUGGACAAGGUACGGAGCCUGUCUGCGAUGAUUAUUUGGCACAGCCGAAUUCCCUUCGAAACGCGUUUGCGUUUCAGCACAUCCGCGGGCAGCAUUAGGAUGAGCCAAACCGGAUUCAAAGACCACCUUACCUACACGGUUUCGUCCUUCAUGAGUGGGCUGCUUGCCCUCGCUUUUAUGUUGAUAAUAUUUCGGCGAAUUUUCGAAGGCGUUUCGAGCCAAAUUUACAAGUACCUGCUGGAAAAAGAAUAUUUUGAGAAGGCACAAUCCUACCGCCUGGAGUGGGAAAGUGCCAUCACUCGCCAUCUGCAGUGGGUGAUCAAUGCGUACCCAGUGCACCGGCCGAACCCCGCCGUGGUGCUCUUCUGGGCACAUCGUACCGAUUCCCAUGCGGAGAGUUUCUCUCGUUUCGUGGUGAUUUGCGAACCCGUGCACACACGCACGGGUGGUGGUCUCCGUGGUCAGGGGAAGGGAGACGCGCAGUCGGCGACGGCGUACGUGUACAUCACAAGUAGCGCGUUGAAGAAGAGCGAGAACAUGCAGUCAGUGGAGCUACCAGUGGAGUUCCCUCCGAAAAGGCACGCCGCUUCCUACAACAUUGACACAAGGCAGAGGUGGGCAUUUAACUCGCGACUGACGUACCGCUUUAAAAUCCGGGCAUUGGACGCUGCAUCUCGAUGCGUGGACGAAAGUUCUUGGAGUGCUGAAUUCACCAUCCCGAGAACAAUGCUUCCUGAUGACUUGGAGCCCUAUAUGAUCCGCUCACUCUUUCCCACAACCGUCUCUAGUUGGAAAUUAUUCUGGAAGAAGUGUGUCGACGUGCAUCAAAUCGAGCCGCUCUGUGUUAAUAUCCAGGCCAUCCGUAUUAAGCCCUCUACCAGCUCUACCAUCUCGACUGCCACACGGCUGCACAUCUUUUGGGUCGAGGAUCGAGCUCAGUCGAUUUCCAGAAUCGUAAAACAUAACUCGUUCAGCAAGAAGGGGGACCGGGCGGGCAGAGACCGCGUUACCGGCAGAGACAGACGGGCCAAAAGGGGCAGCCCUGGUGACCAAGACAGAAAGACGUUUGUGAGCGCUGUCGACCCCGUUUCCUUUCUAGAAUUUGCGUUCCACAAAAGCGGCGUCGCCGAACACGACUUAGCUCCGACGGCCACCCUAACCCCAACCACAGCAGCCUUGACCCCGACGUCGGCAGCCUUGGCCCCUACGGGCGUGGUGCUACAGAUUGAAGGCGAGAUGCGGCUUUACUACACGAGCAUGAUCCAGAAAACAAUUGGUUUCGAGUUGAUCGACAUAGACUCGCACGUGUGUCUAGCCAACGGACAGACUCGGUUGUUUCUCGAAGGUCGGGACCUAGCUGAGGGCUCGGUGUCCCUGCUGACGAACAAAGGCACUCAAUGGGGCUCUGUUCGGUUCCACGUGGAUCCCCGUCCCUUUCGUUUGUACCGAACGCCGUUUAGACCGGUUCUGCCGCUGGGAGCGAAGUUGCAACAACAAGCCAAACAUACAUCCGAAAAAACCGGCCAGACUAACGGUGUCGGGGCGGCCGAAAACGCUGAAGGAUUUACAAACGUGUUUCCGGGCAUGAUUCUAUGCGAAGGUCAAGAUUACGAGUUGCACUGGAACGCGGGGAAUGUGCCCUGGAGUCGGUUCAACGUUUAUGUUUGCUUUUUGUCGCCGCUAGGUGCGUCGGAGGUUCCGGGCACGGAAGCGUACGGAUACUUUGGCGGACGGUAUGUGGGCGAUUCUUUGACCGCGGACGAGUUGUCCCGCAUAAAAGCGUUCGAAUUGCCUGCGGAUUUUUACUUCAAGGCGGUGCGGAGGGUUGCCAACAACGUCAGCAACCUCGGCCGGUACCAUUGGGUGCCGGAAAUCGAGAUAACGACCCCCAGUAGUGUGUGCAAACUCGUGAUUACGUUGUCGACCAACUUUACUCCGACAACGGAAGAAAAGUACUUCCAAUCGAACUUGUUCCAUAUAAUACGACCCAUGUUACUGUCAGAACUGGAGUAUUCUUAUGCCUCCUUCUGCCGCAUACAUAACCUGCCCAUUUCCGAGAACCUGACGCGAUCGCAAAUAAACAAUGAGGCCAUUGAAACAUUAACCUGCAACCUACGCGUUUGCACCGGUCUUCGUCGUCCACUGCCUUUCGAAAUAGACGCAGACGCGGACCGGCGGACAUACAAACGUGCGAGCGCGCAAGACAAUCGCGUGUCCGCGGAUCGUAUACCAGCUGUCCCCGCUAACCCCGGCCCCUGGGAUGACCCAGAUUGUCUGGGAAUCCAUACGAACUCGUACAUCAUCACACCUGGUCAGGUUAUCAUAACGGGGUCUACUAAAUUAGUGUUGACUGACGAAGAUCAGGACCAGGGUGGUGGGAUCAAGUACCAAAUCUUCAAAGCGGAAGCGAAAAGAGUGCAAAUUGUAUGCGGCAUCAAACUGAACCCAGACGUAUACUGGUGGGUGGAGAGCGAAGAUGUCUACUACCUCUCUGUCAACUCCCUCCCAGGCCUUGGCACCCUUAGUUCGUUGUUAGAUAAAGGAAUGCCGAAAUGCAUCAACUUGAUGUCGUCGACCCUGCAUCGCAUUUCUGAUUACUACCGUAAUAAGAAACGACUAGCAAAACGGGCCGGUCGUAACGAAACAAAAGGUGAAACAAAAGGUCGUGCGAAGGUGGGUCGUGAAAAUACGACUGCGGGUCAGAUGACGGUAAAACCUACUACCUUAAAAUCUACAACCGCAAGAAAGAAAAUGCCACUGCAACAACCCAUCAAUCUACGUGUGCAAAGGUACAUACUAUUCCGCAUAUGGCCGAUGGUUUGGGGGUCGGUUAUUAACAUUGUGUCUUUGGUAGUAUUUCAGUUCGUAGGUGUUCAAUUGGUUGGGGUGUCGGUUGUAUACAAUAUCCUGUAUACGGAAUUGUUAACUUACCCGCAUUUGGAUACGGACUCCCAGUAUUUGUCUGACUUGGCGUUUUUACGUUCUCAUGCAGUGUCCAAGAAAUCGCUUAUAUUUCAUGCUAGCUUCCGACAUGCGUUUCCUUUCUUUAUGUUGAUUGCGGUAUUUAUUCACUCAAUAUUGAGGUUAUUGUUCCGCAGUUUAGCGAACCAGGGUAAGUCUUGGAUCUUUCCAAUAGCGAGAUACCACCUUGCAAUGUUUGCCGGGUACAUGUUGCUGAUUCACUCGAUUAUUCCGUACGCUGUCUGCUGGUUCAUUGUGGCGGUCUUAUUGAACCCGGACACCUGGCUGCCACCGGCGAUGUUGGUGGCGGUGUCCCUGGGUACGUUACAUGUGAUUUACAGUCGGUAUGCACACGCGCGUGCGUACGUUCACACCAUGCUACGAAACAAACACGAUGCGGUGCAGGCAAUGAUGUUCGACGCGUACUUCAGUCAAGCCAGUGGCGGGGUCGGGGCGAGCGCGGGGGGUAAGGUACAAAUUGCGUUGCAAAUGUCGAGACAAUACGCGGCUAGCUUGGGCAACGGUGCCUGCGAAGCGGGCAUGGCCACAACGCUGCAGUGGCAAUCAGUCGUCAAGUGGAAGUACAGCAAGACGGUACCGUCUACCUCGGUCGGCUUCUACUUCAACGACGUAGGCAAAGCCUGCGGCAUCGCUGAAGAGCCUAACUUAACGUUCGGCUGCCGAUUCGCAGACUGCAAUGAAUAUGACGCGAAUAAGCCGCUUUUCGAAGCCAUGCUCGCCGGCGGCGAAGCCGUCAUGCUCGCUGACGCAGUCGUUUUUGGUCCGCGACUUGGAUUUAAACGCGAAACGCCGCCGAUUCCCGACAGCCACUACAGCGCAGCCAUCGUUGCCGUCCCACAGUUCCCCCGAUCCAGUCUGGUCCCGUUCGAGUUUAAGGUCGAUGUCGUCUUCCAAGUCUUCGAUAAAGACCGCGACGGGCGACUUAACGAACUCGAGUUCCAUCUCUGGGCUCUGGUCACCCGCAAACCCUUGGUCACUGACGUCCCAGACUGGAGCGACCUUGUCCACCGAAUCAACAUGCAAUACCGCCUCAACGGUAACCCCAUGGACGGCUUCGGUGAACAAGACAUUCUGUCUUUCUACGUUGAAGUAGGCGGCGAAAAAAUGCUCAAUGCUGAUUACAACCAACUAGUUAACAUUGACCCCGUCUCCCAAAUUUCGCUGCAAGACUUCUCCGGCAAAGACCUGUCGGGCUUAUCAAUGUGCGGUAUUGACGAGCUCAUGCUCCUUUCCGAGGACGUCGCCGACAGUCGUACUGACGAUCGCGCCGGCGGACGUCACGACGGACGAGGCCGUGUAGCGGAUGACCACCUGAAUUUGUGGAGGGAAAUAUACACUUCAGUAACCAGGAACCAGACGGAGAUCUUGCUCAAGGAUAUAACCGAGGAGAAUACCGUUGCUAAAAAUAUUUUCCUCACACAACUGUCUUUGCUAGGCCCCACGCUCGGCAUGACGACCUUGAUUACUUGCCACAACCCCAGCGUCAAACCGGACUAUAGUCCAGAGGAAACAUACCAUUGGACACGCGUGUUAUCUUUGGCAUAUGAGGACACGUUCAUCAAAAUCGCUCAGGCCACUGUCGUAGAGCAUGAAAAGCUGUUCCAGCAUGAACUAGAGAAGAUAGAGGCAUGGUAUGAUAUGGAUUAUUACACCGAAAUUGGUCGGAAAAUAGCAAUAAUUUUGUCCUACGGCAUGGAAAUUGAUCCAGAACGAUUGUUGAGUUCGUUUCACGGCUUUGUGUCUAAAUGCUUGCCCUGUAGAACCAGUAGCGUAGCCUACAAAGUGGGACAGCGUCGCUACGGGGAUAGUGAGUUUGCGGAGAGAUGUACCUUGACAGCAGCUUUAGUCAAAGAUUACUACUUCGCACCCGUCACACAAUUGUUAGUCGAUAUUGGAUUCCUUAUUGACGUGGAAUACUACGUGGUAAAAAAUCCUUUGAUGCCUGAAAUGCUACCGGCCAGGUUGUGUUUGCCGUUGAACAAGAAUCUGCUGGAUCUGUUUGGUAAGUUGAACAAAUCCAAGAUUUGCGAUUCUCUUAAAAUUCAGAAGCUGCCUGGAGACUCUCUUGAGGCGUCAAUUCGGAAUUUGCUUAUCGAUUCUGACGCUCUAUACAGAUUAAUUAUUCAUGAUUAUUUUACUUUGCCUACUGCGAUAUUUUUACUCAAUUUGCUUGGUAUAGAUAUUUGCACUGUAACCCUGCCGUAUGACCCAAGAGACUUACCGGCGGGGAACAAUAAAGGUGCGCCUGGCGGUUACUAUGCUGUAAGGAAGAAAAUACCGAAGCGUGCUGACAUAAUUAAUGAUCCCGAAGCAUUCCACCUGAUCCAGUACCUUGCUUAUUAUGGGCCGUCCAAUGACCCAUUUUAUCGUGACCAGCUGCGGUUCAUACAUCAAUCGCCGUUUGCUGAUUUAACCGAGGAAGAAUUGACGGACUUGGGUAUAGAAAAGGACGAACUACCGAACCCGGAAAGCAUUGAUGCAUAUUACAAACAAGACCAUAUCGAAUUGAUAGACGAAAAAAGUGUCAUUACCUGUUACUACAACAAUCUGGAUAAAAUUAAGGACGUAAUCUUCAAGUUGAGCGACGGUACCGGGUUUAUUCAACGCGAUCUUGCUGAUGAGUUUGUGCGGCAGCUAACCAAGUCCAAUUUGCACCUGAAUGGAGCAAAGGCGUUUCUGAGGUCCCUGGGUCUGGGCGAUGACAGCUCUCUGUCCACUGCACUAGACUGGAGCAUGUUGGAUCGGCAGAACACUUGGAAUCAUUUUGUGAACAAAGUGUUUUACAAAAUUACGGCGAAGAGUUCUAGACACGGUUUCGCAGCGCGGAAAGACCUUCCGAUGAUCGUGAAGACCUUGGAAAAGUAUUUAAGUGGAGAUAAGAAUUCAUCGAACAUGUUUGCCAAUGUGCGCAUAACGCAGGAUAUUUUACAUAAUGUUCUAAUUCAGUUAGGAAUCAGUCAUGACCGGCGCGAUACGAGUGUGUACUGGAGUUUGAUUUGUUCUGAGUUGAACAAAGAAGAACAAUCGACCUUAUCAGCGUUACAAGCGGCGACAUCAUUGAGUCGAAUCAUUUUUCAGCCAGUUUCUGCGAACGGUUCCAAGUAUGUGGGAGCGUCUUUGGCGGACAUUCAUCGGUUUGUGGGUGCUUUGCCGUUUUUUGCCUUUGAGUCUGUGUUGCGCGCCAUGGGGUUAGAGAUGGCUUUGGAGCAUCAGCGGCAGAUUUGGGAGUUGAUUCCGAAGACGAAGUUGGACUUGGAUUGGUGCGACGCGCAGGUCCGUUCAGAAACCAAGUCGUCGUCGGCCGCGCCGGAGUUUGACGAAGAGGACGAGGAGGUUUCCGAUAAAGCCGGUGUGAAGAUUUGCCAAGUAGUGGAGUUGAAUGUAGACGAUUUUGUUUCCUUUACAGAUUUGCGCAAGUAUUUAGCGCGUUGUCUGUUAACUGGACUACCCGCUGAAGGCGUCUCGGUCCUGGUGCGUCUAUGCUGCGGUCUGGACAAGGAGGUCCUGAAGAUCCAAAACAUAGUUGAGCGUAACAGACGUCGUCUAACGAAGUUUGGCGUGUUCCCACCCAGCGCAGUAAAACAAUUACUCUGUUUGCUGCAUGUAGAAGGUAUUGACUUAGAUACAUGGGUCACUCUCAUUCGUAACUCAAUGUCCCUUAAUGUGCCCGCCAAAGAACUGCGGCGCGUCUUCAAUCUCAUUGAUAUCAAUCAAAAUAAAUAUUUGGAAUGCGACGAAGUUAUCGUCGGCGUCUCCUAUAUACGAGACGACGUCCUACCGGCCUACAUCAUCAGUCUACUCAACCUCACUCCACGACAACAGAUCGCACACUGCACAGCUGUCGCCGCCGGCAUCGUCCUAGUCGUAGCCUUCCUCUGCUCCGUUACUCCCAGCUUCCUAGGCACCAAAGAAUCCGGCCUCUCCACCUCCGUUCAAAAUAUACUAGCCAUCGCCGGCGCAAUCGCAUUCAAAACCGGUACCGGUAGCCGCGACCCUGCCCUCGAAGAAAAGAUACAGUCCUGCUAUCCACUCAUUUUCGGCGAUGAUUACAAAGAAAGACAGUUCCGCAUCGCAGACGACAAGGCCGCAACCAUGGCCGAACACUAG